UUUUCUCUAAAUUAGAUAAAAGUUCCAAAUAAUGCCAAAAAUCAGUGAAUUGACAAUAAAAACCAAAAAUUCGCUGUAAUUUCAUCGUUAGUGUCCUUUUGAGCUCGGGAUUAUUCAAAUUUCCAUCAUUACGGGUUGUAACGUCUACUUGAAAAUUUGUAGUGAUUCAUCAAAACUUGAUAUCAAUAUCGUGUCGAUAAACAAAGAAGAAAUUUGAUGAAUUGGUAUUCUUGGCGUAAUGGAAGACCUGACACCGUUAAUUAAUUUGCAAGUGAGUUAAGAAUUGUGCAAUUUUUCACAUUUUUGGAGAAUUGGACGAGACUUCAAGAAGAAGACCUUCCACAAUAUUGAUUGGACCAAACCAGCUGGACUGCCAUUUGUUGUUAUAAUUUCUAUCAUUUUUUUGAGUUUUCUUUAAUUUCAUACAAAAAAGAUGUCGACGGAACGCCAACCACUGCUCUACAACUCUGAACAUUCGGACAUUGAGACACCGAGUGCGGCAAAUUCCGUGAUAGCGCGUCCCGAUUAUCGCAGUUCGCCGGAAAAUGUCUUGGUCGAUGUGCAAAGUGAGAGUUUGUUGCUGCAAAAUGACGAAAGUACCCUCACAUUGGGUGCCAGCUCCGCGAAUUCAGACAAAUAUGAGCCGUCAUUGCAUCGCACCUUGGAACAUCCAACGUCAAAUCUGGAAACGAUGAUCCAUUUGCUGAAGGGAAAUAUCGGUACGGGAAUUCUUGCGAUGCCCGACGCCUUCAAAAAUGCCGGAUUGUACGUGGGGCUCUUCGGAACGAUGUUAAUGGGACUCAUUUGUACGCAUUGCAUGCACAUGCUGGUGAAUUGCUCGCACGAAUUGUGUCGUCGAGUGCAGGUGCCGUCACUAGAUUUCUCCGAAGUUUGUUACACGAGCUUCAAAACGGGCCCGCCGGGAGUUCAGCGAUACGCAAAUACCGCGAGAAAUUUGAUCAAUUUGUUCCUCGUUAUUACGCAGCUCGGAUUUUGUUGCGUUUAUUUCGUGUUUGUGGCAGUAAAUGUGCAGGAAGUUGUCGCGCAUUAUUUCUUCAAACUCGACAUUCGUGUCUAUCUCAUCCUUAUGCUGGUGCCGAUGGUGUUGCUGAAUCUCGUACGGAACCUGAAAUAUUUGACUCCCGCAUCUUUGUUGGCUUCGAUUCUCACAAUUAGCGGAUUGGCGAUCACUUUUUACUACAUGUUGCAAGAUUUGCCGCACACAGAUACCGUCAAGCCGUAUGCGUCGUGGAAAACGUUGCCGUUGUACUUUGGCACGGCAAUUUACGCCUUUGAAGGGAUCGGAGUUGUGUUGCCGUUGGAGAAUAAUAUGAAGAAUCCGGAAGAUUUUGGGGGAUGGAAUGGCGUUUUGAACACGGGAAUGGUCAUUGUGGCAUGUUUGUAUACGGCAGUCGGGUUCUUUGGUUACUUGAAAUACGGAGAUGCGGUCGAAGGAAGUAUUACGCUCAACUUACCAGGCACAGAUUUACUCGCUCAAAUGGUACGCCUUGCAAUGGCACUUGCCAUCUUCCUUUCGUACGGUCUCCAGUUCUACGUGCCGAUCAACAUCAUCGGUCCAUGGAUCCGAAACCAAAUGAACACCCACCAAUCGCAGGAAAUUGCCGAAUAUCUCAUGCGCGUUGGCUUAGUCAUCUUUACAUUCCUCCUUGCUGCGAUAAUUCCGAAUCUCGGUGCGGUAAUCUCGCUCGUGGGUGCCGUCAGUAGCAGUACACUUGCAUUAAUUUUCCCACCCAUCAUCGAAAUGGUAACUUUUUAUCCGAACUACGGUCGACGCAACUGGAUCCUGUACAAAGACUUGCUUCUACUCGUGUUUGGCGUCGCUGGCUUCGUCUUCGGAACAUACGCGAGCGUCAACCAAAUUCUCAAUCCAGAAUCACCAGAUCGUACUGAAUAAAUGUAACUACAUGAACAGCAUUAAGAGGUAAAAAUAACACAAGAAACAACUAGAAUUGUAAGAUAUAAAGAGAUGACAAUAAUUUAUUUAUAUACAACAAAAUAUAUAAAAAUUUACCGUAAUCAUUCCAAAAGCUGUCAAUGUGUCUAAGAACCUUUUUAGACUUUUCGGUAAAUUUUUUCUCCCAAAUUUUUGGCUCAAAAUAAUAAACUUACUUACGCUUCCCCAGAAUGUUUCUUCAUUUUUUUUAAAUGAAAAAAACACUUUACUUAGUUUAAGUACACGAAAAAAUAUCAAGUAGACAAUUUUUAAUGUUUAAUGACAAUAGUAGAUCCUUGUGUUACGUUAAGACAAAAGAUAAUAAUGAAUUGCAUUGAAUGUGAUAAUACGUUAUAAAUUUAAGAUUUAACCCUGUGCCGAUAGUUUAGUUACCUUUCUUCUUCCUCCGAAGUUAGUUAAAAAUAACCAAGCAAAAAAUAUCAAAAAAUUGGAAAAUGAUACAAUAAUUAAAAUUAAUUAAAUAAAUAUAAUCAUUAUGACUUAUAAUUAAUUAUAUAGAUGUUUGUAAAUAAAUGUU